CUGUAGAUUAUAUACUGGGUCCAAGUCCCUGCAAACCGUUAUCCACGAAGUGCGACACCUGGUAGCCCAAGCCUCGCUCAUCUCAACUAUCUGAAACCCCUGACGACCAUUUCACUACUGUCCCCACUAUCGUCUGAUCGUCCUUUGGAAUCAUGGAUAACGAUCCUGCCCCAACUUGGAUGAAAUUUGUGCCUUUCCUUGGCUACCACCAUGUCCUCAUGAUUUGUUUGACAGUUGGAAUUGCACUACAAUCAAUCAACACAGCCGGAUGCACAACAUCCAACAACCUUCCCAACAUCUAUAUACUCUCACUUUCCUACCUCCCCUCAGCUACUAAGCCUCCACCAUCCAAUAUUCAACUGAAUCCGAACAUCAGCACCACCUUCUCCACAAUCGCGUCGACUCACAGCCAGUUGGAAGUCCGAGUGAGCUACCUUGGAAUCUGCAUCUCGCAAGUGACCUCCCAGUGGUUAUGUGCGCAUGACGCACUCACGCUCUCGAACUUGAUAAAAUUAUAUGGUGGCCCAGCAAGUGGCGAACACGACCCGUUAAAUCUGAUCUGGAUUGGGGGGCGGUUCAAAGAUGCGGUGCUAUUUCCUGGACUACUAUUAACUGCUAUCCCCUUCGCUUUCGUGGCGACUCUUCUUCUGGCCACCUUCCCCGGCUGGCAUGAGGAAGAGGACGUGGCUAGCGAUGAGAAGGAGGUCAAGCCGUUUCCAUCUCGCCCAAUCAGUUACCUAGUGCUUGCAAUUGUGCUAGCUGCCUCGUUGUUCUCCGUUAUCUCCAUCUUCGUUCAACACGUCGCAAGCGCUACUGGGUCAACAAUGGUAGAGGCGUUGUCGUAUGGAACUGCGAAAGCAAAAGUGGGGACCGCUGCGAUGAUACUUGGAUGGGUAGGAGCAUGCGCUUAUAUAGUUGUUGCAGUUGGCGUGUGGAUUAUGAUUCGGUCGAUCGAGGUGCUGUCGGGUAUGUUUAAGACGAGGACACCAAAUCACCCCGAGAGCGAACCAUUGCAAGAAUAA